GCGCCGCCGGCCGGCGCAGGGCCCUCCCGGAGCUAUUUUGAAAGUGACCCUGGGCUGGGCGACCGCGGGGCGGCGGGGAGAGGCGCGGCGGGCGCGCGGGAACCAUGACAGAAGAUGACCGAGGCGGCGCUGGUGGAGGGCCAGGUCAAGCUGCGGGACGGCAAGAAGUGGAAGAGUAGGUGGCUGGUGCUGCGCAAGCCGUCGCCGGUGGCAGACUGCCUGCUGAUGCUGGCCUACAAGGACAGGUCGGAGCGAGCCAGGGGGCUCCGGGAGCGCAGCAGCCUGACACUGGAGGACAUCUGCGGCCUGGAGCCCGGCCUGGCCUACGAGGGCCUGGCCCACACGCUGGCCAUCGUCUGCCUGUCGCAGGCCAUCAUGCUGGGCUUCGACAGCCGGGAGGCCAUGUGCGCCUGGGACGCCCGGAUCCGCUACGCGCUCGGCGAGGUGCAUAGGUUCCACGUGACGGUAGCUCCAGGCACCAAGCUGGAGAGCGGCCCCGCCACGCUGCACCUCUGCAAUGACCUCCUCGUGGUGGCCAGGGACGUCCCUCCAGCCGUCGUGGGCCAGUGGAAGCUGUCUGACCUCCGGCGCUACGGGGCUGUGCCUAACGGGUUCAUCUUCGAAGGCGGGACCAGGUGUGGGUACUGGGCUGGGGUCUUCUUCCUGUCCUCGGCCGAGGGUGAGCAGAUCAGCUUCCUGUUCGACUGCAUCGUCCGAGGCAUCUCCCCGACCAGGGGCCCCUUUGGGCUGCGGCCGCUUCUCCCAGACCCAAGCCCCGGGGCGCCCACCGUGGAGGAGCGCGUGGCCCAGGAGGCCCUGGAAACCCUGCAGCUGGAGAAGCGGCUCAGCCUCCUCUCCCACCCCGGCCGGCCGGGCAGCGGAGGGGACGACCGCAGCCGGUCCAGCUCGUCGUCGGAGGCCAGCCACUCGGAUGUCAGCGCAGGCAGCCGGCUCACGCCGUGGCCAGAGCAGUCCUCAUCCUUGGCUGGCACGUCGCAGGAGGGGCUGGGGCUGGUGGCCGCCCAGGCCCCCGGGGAGGCUGCGCUGGGCGCCUCGAGGCCACCCCCCAAGCCGCUGCGGCCGCGGCAGCUGCAGGAGGUCGGCCGCCAGAGCUCAUCGGACAGCGGCAUUGCCACGGGCAGCCACUCCUCCUACUCGGGCAGCUUCUCCUCCUGCGCUGGCAGCAGCCUGGACGUGUGGCGCACCGCCGAGGAGUUCGGCUCCCUGCUCAGCCUGCCGGCGGGGGCGCCUGAGCCCAGCCUGUGCGCCUGCCCCCCCGGGGCGGCCGAGUACCAGGUGCCCACGGCCCUGCGGCCUCACUACGACACGCCCCGCAGCCUACGCCAGGCCCCCAGGGACCAGCCCCCGGCCGGGCAGGGUGGCCCUGACGGCAGUGACCGGGCCGCCGGGGACUCGGGAGGCCAGCCGUCGGCGGGGGGUCUUUCCGGCUGGCUGGGCGAGAGACGGCGGGGACAGGCGACAGAGACCCUGGUCGGCGAAGCUGCGCUGCCCAGCCCGGCCCCCAGUGAGCCCUGGGAAGUGGGCGCCCCCCACGCUGGGCCCGCUGCGGCCUUCUUUUCCGCGUGUCCGGUCUGUGGAGGACUGAAGGGGGCUGCCGCCUCACCCCCCGGAGUUCCCGUGACGCUCUCAGGAGUCCCAGGGCCCGAGAGGCCACGCACUGAGACGCCCACUUAUGUGAAUGUCCCCGCCAGCCCCUCCUCCCAGAAGCAGCAGCACUACCUGGGCCUGCGACUCCCGGAGGCCAGCACGGUCAUCCGAGGGGCCGGCGCCUCCUGCUACGCGCAGAUCGACCUCACGGCCACCGAGGCGGCCCACAGGGCGGGGGCCCAGCACGCGCUGACCCGGGAGGAGCGGCUGCCGGCGCUGGAGCAGCGGCGGAAGGGGGCCCCGCGGCUGGUGGGAGAUGUCACCUGGACAGGUGACAGGCGGCUCCAGGUGGACCUGAGGCAGCGUCUUGGUACCUGGAGAGCAGUUUCCUGCCUUCCCUUCCCUGGAGAUGGUGGCACCCAGGAGGACGACGAUGUGUCCCAGAGAAACGUGCACAUCCCCAUGCGCACGGGCCGGCCAGCCCCACCACAGGCCCUCUGCAGGGCCCCCUGUCCCCUGCUGGUCACCCCUGCCCUGCGCCCGGAUGGAGUGGCCCUCACGCUUGGCUGACCGCCUGCCCCUGGGACCCAUGCGGUCAGUCCUGUAAAUGGUUUAAAGUCGCUCGAGCCAGGAGUUCCCGGCGUGGCGCAGUGGUGAAAAAAUCCGACUA